AUUAUACUAGGUAUUUACAUUGUAUGUAUACACAGACAUUGUGUUAUAUGUCAGUGACUGUAUGCUCGUAGCGGAAGUUUAGGAACUUAUAUUUAUACUCCGUCGACAGCACUGUCGUUCUUUUGUGAUUGACAUCCUUUCGUCGGUCGACCGUUGUUCUGAGGCGUGUUUUUUCGGCGUUCUCGACGCUUGCCCUUUAUUUUUUUGUUUCCCGUACUAAUACGUAAUUUUUAAUUAACUGCCAUGUCCACAUUAUUGGUGAUCGAAUCAGCUAUGGCUGGUCUGGUGAUCGGCCGUGGCGGGGCCACGAUCAAGAACAUCCAAAAUGACAGCGGUGCGAUGGUAAAGCUGUUAAACGGCAACACACCGGACACUCGGAACGUGACAAUAAUUGGCAGUGAAGAAGCUCAACGUUUGGCCAAAGGCAUGGUCGAGAAGAUCGUCGGGAAAGUAUUGCGGUCGGAAACGAAUACCACACCGCCACCUCCGCCCAGGCAACAAUCGCGUGGUCGUGGACGUGGGGGCGCAUGGAGAUCGCGACCGAGGCGAACGGCGUCCCCGGUAGAGACAAUCAGUAUUAGUGACGAGGCUUGGGAGGAAGUCCUUCGAGAAAACAAGCAGAUGGAACUCGAGAUGUUACAGUCGUUGCCGCCGAUCGUCAAAGAUUUCUAUGUGGAGCAUAAUGAGGUAAAAGCUAUGUCUGAUGAGGAGGUUCAAUCGUUUAGAACCUCCCAAAAUGAUAUUACCGUCCAGUAUGUGGACGGUGCUGAUUGUGUACGGCCAAUACCAAAGCCAAUAAAAACAUUUGAACAUGCUUUUAGCUUGUUUCCAGAUAUCAUAAAGGUGAUUAAAAAACAAAAAUUUACCACACCAUCGCCUAUACAGUGUCAAGCCUGGCCAAUUAUUAUGAGUGGACACGAUUUAAUAGCUAUAGCCCAAACUGGUACGGGCAAGACACUGGCAUAUAUACUACCGGCUUUAAUUCAUUUACGUAAACAGCCUACUCCACGUAAAGAACGUAUUGGACCGUCUGUGGUAAUAAUGGGACCAACAAGAGAACUCGUGUUGCAAAUUCGCGAUGAAAUAACAAAAUAUCUACAUGACAAUAUCAAAGUUGUAUGUGUAUACGGUGGUGGUGUUUCAGCUCAAGAUCAUCAAAAACUUUUAGAAGACGAAAAACCGGACAUUGUUGUAGCCACACCAGGAAGGCUUAAUGAUUUGAUUGGUAUACAAGCAGUUAAACUUGAACAUGUGUCUUAUUUGGUUCUUGAUGAAGCGGACCGUAUGUUAGAUAUGGGUUUUAAAAACCAAAUAGAAUUGUCAUUAAGACAUGUGCGUCCAGAUAAGCAAACUAUUUUGACAAGUGCCACAUGGCCAGAAGCUGUCAAAAAUUUGGCCAAAUACUUUGCAAAAAAUCCCUUACAUAUUACAGUCGGUUCUCUAGAUUUAUCAACUGUGAAUACUGUAACUCAAAAAAUUAUUAUGCUUAAAGAACAUCAAAAAGAAGCUUGGUUAGAUGACUUCAUUAGCAAUAAUCUUUCCAAGGAUGAUAAAAUCAUAAUAUUCAUGCGCAAGAAAUCAUCGGUUGACAAGAUGUAUGAACAUUUCAAUAAAAAAAAUAUUGAGUGCAGAUGUAUACAUGGUGGAAGGAUUCAAUCUGAUCGCGAAGGAUCAUUGGCUGACAUGCGUAAUGGUGUUGUAUCUAUACUUAUUGCUACAGAUGUAGCAUCUAGGGGGAUAGAUAUUCAUGAUAUCACUCUAGUUAUUAACUAUGAUUUUCCUGUGAAUAUUGAAGAGUAUGUUCAUAGAGUAGGUAGAACUGGUAGAGCAGGAAAAACAGGUUCAGCAAUCACUUUGUUUUCUAACUAUGAUAAAUUCAACGCUUCUCCACUUAUUGGUGUUUUGGAAAAGUCAGAACAGCCUAUUCCACCAGAAUUGUAUAAAAUGGCUUCUCAGUAAACACUAAUUAAAAUAUUUAAAUUAAAUUACUCUUUUCUGCUUCUAUAUUUAAUAUAAUAAGUUUUUAAUUUUUAAUUUGGCAUUUAAAUUAUAUAUUACUAUCAUUUUUUAAUUACUCAUAUAAAAUUUAUAAUUUAUCACAAAUAUUCUUAUUAAUUUCAAAUUUAUUGAUUUUGAUAGUUUGAUCAUGUUUUAUGAAUACUAUUUAUUAUAUUAUUAUUAUUUAUACCAGUUUCAAUGAUACUAAAUUAAUUUAAUUUCAACAUUUUAAUAAAAUUUUUAUUUUUAACAUAGCAAUAAAAUAAAAAUGAUAAAUGUGGAGUACUUAAUCAUAAAAUAGGUAGUACUAGUUGUUAUAUUUAUUAAAUUUAUAAAUAACAGUCUCCAUUUUUUAUUUUGGAUAAGUAUGUCUCAAGACUACUGUCUUCUUUCCCUUAUUUAGGAUUGUCUGUUGUUUUCUAAAAUUGAUAAAGUGACAUGCAUAUGAGUUAUUUAUCAUUUUUGUAGUUCAAUUAGGUUAGAAAUUACAAUGUUCUAAUGGUCUAAUAAGGGAUUAAUUAUAGAUUUAAAGUUUAUAUACAUAAAAUUUUUAAAAAUGUGUUGGGUUGUAUUUUCUAAACUUGCAUUAGUUGUUUUAUUCCGUGUAGUGUUGUUACAAGUUGCGUUAUUAUAGAAUAUAUUACAUUGGAUAUGUUGACAUUUUUUGUAGACCGUGCAGUUCAUAUAAUUUGCUGGAUUGUUCAUUACAUAGUACACAAAUAAAAGAAGACAUAUAAUUUGGCCUUUGUUGUAGUGAGAUGGCCUUUGUCAAAUGUUAUAAUAUAUGUAUUAUGUAUAUUGUAUUAUAUUGCACCUAUAAUACUACAUUAUAGGUGCAAUAUAAUAUGGUAUCAGUGUAUCACCAUAAAAUGAAGGAUUGAAAAAUGUUCUAUUAUUUAUGUGAUUCUUUGUUUUUAAUUUUUGUGUUAAGUAAGAAUGUUAUACCAAAAAUAUUGUUAUUUUUCCUAUUAAGUUCUAGAUCAACAAACAUCAGUGGUAGUGAGAUUUUGUUUGGUGAUGUAUAAUAUUAGUUGUUUGCCUUACAGAAUGUUCUAUUACCUCUGUUGCUGUUGAAAUGUUCAAUGAACAAGAGUUGAUUAAUUAAAGUUUCUUAGAACUUCUCUAAA